CAGAGUUUAAAACACUCUUUUCUCCAACAUUUUUCAAAGAUCCGGUUGUCAGGUUCAAGUUUUAUUAUCUGUUACAUUUCGGUUCCAACAAAUAAUAAAAAUGAAGAUGAUGAUGAUGGGAAGCUCCAAGAGAAGAAUGACAAGCAAAGGACUUGGAGGAGUCCUAAAAGAACAAAAAGCAAGGCUUUACAUUAUCAAGAGAUGCGUCGUUAUGCUUCUUUGUUAUCAUGAUUAAUUAAUUCAUGAUAUAUGUAACCUACUACUAUGGUUUGUAAAUAGAUCCAAAUUUACAUAUAUAUGUUGCUUGAAAGAGAUAGAGCUCAACAAUUUUGUAACCCGGCCUAUAUAUGUUGGCCCUAAUUCGGAUGUUAGAUUAGUUCUUUUUUUUUCCCCCGGUGCCAAAUGAUCGAUUUGGGAACUAAUCAUCUUAAUUAUUUAAUAUAUUGACAUUAUUUGAUUUAUGAAAGAGUACGUGUUAA